CACACACACACAUACGUACACACACACACACACACACAUACGUACACACACACACGAACACACACACACAUACACAUACGUGCACACACACACAUAUACGUACACACACACACACGUACACACACACACACACACACAUACACUUAACAGGAAAGUAAGAGCUUAAACAACGGAGUGAAAAUCAUAUUGGAGUUUUAUUUUUCAGCUAAACUCUGUAUUAUUACACUCACUGCAGGGACUCUGAAAGUGUCCAUGAGAAUGACGGUCCUCACCUUGAUCCUUUUUACCUCUGUGCUUUCUCUCUGCUCAUCUGUGGACAUCAACCAAACUCCAUGCAUGCGAGCAAAAUAUAACAACGCUCACGCCACCUUCCUAAAGCGGCAUCUGCCUGAUGGUGUGCCGAAGACAUGGGACCAGAACGUGUGGAACGCGCUGCUCAGGCAGAUUAAGACGUGUGGCAGACCUACUCAGUCGUUUUUCUAUGAGAAUGACAGAGAGCGUGUGAACAGAGUGUGCACCAAGGCUGGUGGAAAGCAGUACUCCAACAACCUGUGCAUCAGCAAGGAGAAAUUCUCCUUUGUGACGGUGCGUGUGAAUGUAAACGAGGGAUUGUGUGGCAUUAGGAGCAUUCGCAACGAGACCAAAAACAUCAUCCUUGGGUGUGACAUGGUUCAGGACACGUGUCGCCCUGUUCAUUUUGAGGGGAACCCAGAAAAUCUGAUGCCCAGUAAUAAUCAGCCUGACUGUGGAGAAAGGUCAGGGCCAAACUCAGGAUUUAAAGUGGCCAUGUCCAAAAGCCUUCUAGUCUUCACUUUACUAGCUUUGAUGUACAUUUUGUGAUAUAAUAAAUCAUACUGACAAAUUUACUGACUACACAUCAGAGUUAAAUAAAUAGAAUUUGGCUACCUCAGUGUUGAUUUGCAAAAUCUUAUAGUACUGAAUUAACUAUAACAACAUUGGAUUAAGAAACAUUGUGUUGCAUUAGAAUAUGCUGAGUUGAGCUGACUCUUACAGAGUCUUAUUUGGGUCCAGCUGUAAGUUUUGUAGGUACGAUGUAGGUACCAAUUCAACACUGGUCUCAGUAUAUCACUAAGCAUUUUGAUAUGCAGCUUUAUUGUAUGGUUGUACAAAUAUUCAUGUUGAGCUGUGUGAUAAAAUAACGAGUCAAAUUUUUCCCAAAAUAAACAAAUAAAGCUACAUAAAUUGGAAAUGGCUGUAAAACAUUACUUACUUGUUAAGGGUCCAACAGUUACAGUUAGAAGUAUAUUCUGAAGCAGUAACAACAAAUGUAUUUGAGUUUUUUCUAGUGGCACAUUACGGCCUUAGAAUUAAUAUACGCAGUUAAAAUGGUGUCUUGUGGCUAUAGAGAAGAAACACUUCACUGGAAGCUUAACCUUAAAGACAAGUCUGAAACAUUUAUUAAGAUUUAUUGCAUAAAUGAACCCAGUACUAUUGAAUAUAUUGCCUGCUAGUUAGAGAGGUUCUGCUGAUCAAGUUCCUCUUUACCCAAAAGAAGCCAUGUUUAUUUCUUUCAUUUUGCACUGCAGGUGCAAACAAAAUCUGUAUCCGCCAAAAUCGUUCAAGACAUAAAUGGUAGCCUAAGACUGCCUCUACUUUUUACAUAAUGUUAUACAGGCUUGCUGACGUGGUUUAGACUAUUCACAGAAAAUAAAUAAAAUAAUUAAAUAAAUACAUAUACAGUACUGUGCAAAAUGUUUAAUUUAUUUUUAUAUAAAUA